AAGGCCCACCGCGAGGACUUGAGGCAUCCAGCUGCGUCCCGGUUCAACGGCGGAGGCGGGGGCGACGGGUUCAAGAAGGAGAUGAGGGAUUUGGAGGAGCUCUUAUCGAAGCUGAAUCCGAUGGCUGAGGAGUUCGUUCCUCCAUCACUUAACAGUAGCGGGAGUUACUCUGAGGGUUUUUUUCAUGGCGGGAGAAAUGGGGAGGGGAUUCCUGGCGUUUACGCCAAUGGGUUUGGGCUGAACAAUGGGGGUUUUGCCAGAAAGAAGAAGGGUGGGUUUAGUAAUCAAGGGAUCCAGCGAAGGAUGAACAACAGGACGAGUAUGGCACAGAGAGAGGAUGCCAUCAGGAGGACCGUUUAUGUUUCAGACAUUGAUAACCAGGUCACGGAAGAACAACUUGCAGCUCUCUUCAUCAACUGUGGACAGGUUGUCGAUUGUCGUGUUUGUGGUGACCCAAAAUCUGUUCUUCGCUUUGCUUUUAUAGAGUUCACUGAUGAGGAAGGUGCAAGGGCUGCUUUAAGUCUGGCAGGAACUAUGCUUGGAUACUACCCAGUCAAAGUGCUUCCUUCUAAAACUGCAAUUGCACCGGUCAACCCAACAUUCUUGCCAAGGUCUGAUGAUGAACGUGAGAUGUGUGCAAGAACUGUCUACUGUACAAACAUUGACAAGAAGAUUACUCAGGAAGAGCUGAGACUCUUUUUUGGAUCAAUAUGUGGAGAGGUCUAUCGCAUGAGAAUGCUCGGGGACUAUCAGCAUAACGCUCGCAUUGCAUUCGUUGAGUUUGUAAUGGCUGAAAGUGCAACCGCUGCUCUCAACUGUAGCGGGGUGGUGUUGGGAUCCUUACCGAUAAGGGUAAGUCCCUCGAAGACUCCAGUGCGCCCGCGUGGACCUCGCCAACCAAUGCAUUGAACCUCUAUAGACCAUGAUACAUACAUGCACAUAGCAAGUAACGUGUUUUUGUUAUUAGGUCUAUAUCUAUUUAUGCUGUAGCAUUUUUCUAUAGGCGUUUAGUAGCUUCACCUUCUCUCGCAUACUGAAAGAAAGUAUAGAAUCAAUGGGACUGUCAAAGUCUUACUGUUAAGUACGUUAAUUCUCUUUAUUUAUAGUAAGCUCCAGGAGUGGAAUCUCCGAACAGGUCAAACUUUGGAAAGAAUUCAGAUGGUUGGAAACUAUGCUACAUGGUUGCAUCA